GGAUCACGGGAAGUGGGUUAGAAAACGACCGAAAGAUUUGCACGGUCGUAAGCGCGCAAGCAAGCAAGCAAGCGAACUUAAUAUAAAGGAUUUAAAAAUACCAGAGGACCCGGUGAUACAAUCAACUUCCCUUCUACGUGACUUUGCCGAAAGAACCAAGAAGAUAAUUAAAUUUAAUUUCUUGGUUUUUUUUGGGGGGGGUCCAGCAACGAGACGAAGCAGGAGAAGGAGGAGAAGGAAGGGGGCGAGGACCACGUGCCACCGACGACGGCUGCCGAGCGAUGUGCCGAGAGCGUGGAGGGGGAGAGCGUCUCACUCGUCCUCUACAGUCGCCCCACGCUCACCUCGCGGUAUCUGCCCGGUGUGGCGGAGGGUGGACACGGCGGUGGUGGACACGGUGGCGGUGGUGGAGGGACGUGCUUCACCUGCGGCGCGCUCGGACGCUGCGUGGAGCUCGUGGUGGAUGUGGAGCAGAGCCGCCACGAGGAGGUGGUGCUCGCCAGGAAGUGCUGCGUGAACCACGCGACCCCUGACCUCAGCUACUUGGUGUUCAGCCUGGAGCUGGAUGAGAGUAACAUUGUGCUGUGGACCAUGAUGGACAUGUGCGUGGCUCCACGCAGUCGCCACGCUCAGCCCAAGGCCGAAGCCCGAGAAAGGCGCACCCUCUCAGCCAUGAUGAUGAUGUACCGCUACAAGAGCACCCAGCCGCGUGCCGGGGAGGCCGUGGUGCUGGGAUUCUCGAAGACGAGUCGCUACCUGUGCUGCUCGCAGGGGGACAACGCCACCGUGUCACUCACGCUACAGCAAAGCAACCGAGAGCACCUGUCCCGGAUCUCCGUGGAUCAGCCCACGUGGCACUUCGUGUUCUACCGCAAGGAGGAGCCUCUGACCCAGACCAUGAGCUUUGAGUCGGCGGCCUUCCCCGGCUGGUUCAUGAGCAGCCAGUCGACCUCCAACGCCAGCCUGCGCAUGGUCAACACCGGCGUGUUCACGGACAAGACGCGCUUCACCCAGCAGCCGUAUUAACAUCGAGGCGCCGUCACCGAUCCGCUGCUCGAUGAAAGCCCCCAUGGCGCCCGCGUCUCUCACGAGGCCCUUUGGUGGUGGUGGUGCAGCAGCAGCAGCAACAACAACCAACAACAACAACAAUCAACAACUCCGCCCGCAAUAGCUCUCACCCACCAUGACCACUGGGACGUGUAAAGCCAUCGAUCGAUCACACUGUGUGACACACAUUCGAGUUUGAUCCCUGGGUAGUAAGUGCCAUUGUCUAAUUGCUUAUGCCUCACAAGUACAGCAAGUGGCUGUUAUUGUUCCACUCAAACUACCUUAUGCCAGAACAAGUGUGUUGACCAGUGAAUUAUCAGAGCCGUGUUGUGUCUGCAUGUCCACCACAAGCACUGCGAGUGGUUGAUGUAGGACUUUAUUCCUUGCAAAAGGUUUCCAUUUGGUGCUUCAACAUCUUAACACAUCCAUAAUGUAGGGGUUUUUUUUGUAGGGUUAUGCCGCGUCAAUAUAUAAAUGUGUCGUUAACCCCGCCACCACCCGACACAGCCAAUUUACUACGAGAAUGAGCCAAGGAUGUCUGUGUGUCCCGCACGUGACGUCACUCCACGUCGGCCAGCCCCCCUCAUUAAUAUUCAUGAGCAGGUGACGUCACUCCACAUGUAGCACCCCUCCCCCCCCCAAUUAAUAAUUAUGAGCAGGUGACGUCACUGCACAUGUAGCACCCCCCCUCAUUAAUAUUCAUGAGCAGGUGACGUCACUCCACAUGGACCCCCCCCCCUCAUUAAUAUUCAUGAGCAGGUGACGUCACUCCACAUGGACCCCCCCCUCAUUAAUAUUAAUGAGCAGGUGACGUCAUUCCACAUGUAGCACCCCCCUCAUUAAUAUUCAUGAGCAGGUGACGUCACUCCACAUGGACCCCCCCUCAUUAAUAUUCAUGAGCAGGUGACGUCACUCCACAUGGACCCCCCCCCCUCAUUAAUAUUCAUGAGCGGGUGACGUCACUCCACAUGGACCCCCCCUCAUUAAUAUUAAUUAGCGGGUGACGUCACUCCACAUGUAGCACCCCCACUCAUUAAUAAUCAUGAGCGGGUGACGUCACUCCACAUGGACCCCCCCUCAUUAAUAUUCAUGAGCAGGUGACGUCACUCCACAUGUAGCACCCCCCCAUAUUAAUAUUCAUGAGCAGGUGACGUCACUCCACAUGGACCCCCCCCCCCUCAUUAAUAUUAAUUAGCGGGUGACGUCACUCCACAUGGGGGGGGGGGGGCGAGGCGCCUCCUCCCCCCUCGGUGUCAACUCACAACCCUCACUACGAAGGCAGAACCCUCACGUCACGUGAUCUCCGUAGCGCUGUUGAGACAUCGAAGUAAAAAGGACGUCACGAUGAACAAGGGAUUAUAACCUUUGAAUGAAACAAGUUUGUGUCACCGCGGCCUUUACAAAUUGCACGCGAAUUGAUGCAAAGAAUAUCUCACGUGGCGCUCUGCUUUUCGCUUGCAAGUUUCAGAUUUACUCAAAUACACCCGUCCUUGGACGGGCAAAAGGCGAGUUAGUGAAGGUUUGUCACGUGAACGGAACGUGCCGAUUCGUUACUAGUACAGCUCUAACCGCUGCGUUUGAGAGCAAAUCCACAGCAUUCACGAAACCCUCUUGUUGCAUUGGUAGAAAGGGUCAGUGCGCCUUAUGGCGGCGUCAUCUGGUCGAACACCAUAUGAGACUAGGAUCCAAAGAAAGCUGUCUCUGGUGUGGACCAAUCAGUUUCAAAGACAAUGCAUAAAUUAUCAGAGUAUUGUUUUUGUUUGCAUUUGACUGCAAGUUUUUUGAUUAAUGUAAGCAUGAUUCCUUGCCAAAGGUGUCAGUUUUGUUGCCAGAAAAAAGGGGAAAAACCCUAUUAGUAUAUUUUGGUACUGGCAAAGGAGGUCCCAUGAUGUAGCUGCUCACCCCGAGCUCUCAUUACUCUGGUAGUGCGUUGUCUUUGAACUGUGCGCCUUUUGGCGUCAUCUGGUCGAACACCAUAUGAGACGAGGCUCUAAAGAAAGCUGUCUCUGGUGUGGACCAAUCAGUUUAAAAGACAAUGCAUAAAUUAUCAGAGUUGUGUUUUUUGUUUGCAUUUGACUGCAAGUAUUGUGGUUAAUGUAAGCAUGAUUGCUUGCAAAAGGUGUCAGUUUUGUUGCCAGAAAAAAGGGGAAAAACCCUAUUAGUAUAUUUUGGUACUGGCAAAGGAGGUCCCAUGAUGUAGCUGCUCACCCCGAGCUCUCAUUACUCUGGUAGUGCGUUGUCUUUGAACUGUGCGCCUUUUGGCGUCAUCUGGUCGAACACCAUAUGAGACGAGGCUCUAAAGAAAGCUGUCUCUGGUGUGGACCAAUCAGUUUCAAAGACAAUGCAUACAUUAUCAGAGUUGUGUUUUUGUUUGCAUUUGACUGCAAGUAUUGUGGUUAAUGUAAGCAUGAUUGCUUGCAAAAGGUGUCAGUUUUGUUGCCAGAAAAAAGGGGAAAAACCCUAUUAGUAGGGUCAGACCUAUCCUUAUUGUCCAUAAAUAACGAUGAACGUGUAUUGUCAACGUAAUGAGUCAAUGGGGGAAUGAUAUGACACCGAUCUACAGGAAUCUCUCCAAUUGGGGCUCACCCGAGUUCCACGUGGGCCGAGGUGCCCUCGUGGAGCUGAUGCUGCCCUGGCAUCGACAAUUGGUGGCACGUGGGUCGCGAUGGGUCAGUGACCUCUACCGCGACCUCCAUCGUGAACGAUCGCUCCCGGUGGGCGGAGCUGCGGUCUUGGGUGUAAAGAUGGCACAAGUGAAAACAAGGAGAGCGUAGCGCAGUGAAACGGGGCUGUACUAACAGUUAGGGCUACUGUAGUCGGAGUUUUAUACAGAUCUGAAUGGAAGGGAUUAACCUUUAACCCUCGAUGGUUAGUUGUUGUGCCACUUUUACCGUGACAUUUUAACGGUGACAAUUUAUGGUGGCAAUGUUUACCUGUGCCAUCGUUACGAUGCCAAUUUUUACCUGUGCCAUUUUUACCAGUGCUAAUUUUAAUUGUGCCAAUUUUUACUUGUGACAUUUUUACCUGUGACAUUUUUAUCUGUGACAUUUUUACCGGUGCCAUUUUUACUUUGCCCAUUUUUACUGUGCCAUUGUUAUGAUGCCAUUUUUUUUCCUGUGACAUUUUUACCUGUGCCAAUAUUUACCUGUGCCAUUUUUACCAGUAACAUUUUUUCCAGUGUCAUUUUACCUGUGCCAUUUUUAGCGUGCCAAUUUUUACCUGUGACAUUUUUACCGUGACAAUUUUUAACUGGGAUAUUUUUACCGGGACCAUUUUUAACCUAUGCCUUUUUACCGGCCACUCAUGGAGCUGCUUAUCAGCAUACACCAGGCUAUUGUUUACAUUCAAUAAAGAUGCUUAUUGCUGGAGUUUU